GCCAGACAGGCACUCCGGUGAACUGGCGCAGCCAAUCCGCGCGAAGAGGGGCGGGACCGCUCAAGGGAAGGAAAACCCUGCCCACACUGCCUGGGCCCUACCCUCAUAGGCGGCUUCACCCACAGCCCCGCCUCAAUGGCUGUCCCUUGGUGCUGAUUGGCUAGAAGCCAGCACAGUCCUGGUACGAUUGGCUGUUUCUCGACUCCUAGCCAGAAGAGAGAGGGUGGGUCAUUAACGACCUCUUGCUAGGAGCCUCUUAGAGGCGUUAGGAGUCGUACGUGGAUGCCAGAGUCGGCCAAAGCCAGCCGGGCCUUCACACCAGACUCCUGAGUGGAGUGGCUGCCGCAAGGGCCCCAGUGUUCCUCUCUUGAGACCCUCACAUCGUUUCCGUACCCCCUCGUUCGGAAGGCUCCGAGAUCCCGCAGCGCGAAGGGCGCCGCCCGCCGCCUCCCCAAAACACGCAGGAGUCAGCGGAGGCUGAGUUCCGGAAAAAUUAGCCCUUCGUCCCACAGCUCUACCCUUCAGACGGUCGUCCUUCCACCCUUCCUUCCCCCUGCUCCCAUAGGCAGGGAGUUGAGCCGGGAGUCAGGCUGCCUCCCUCCCCACACGUUCCUCAAAGGGAGUGAGCCCCAGAUCUGUGGGCCCAAAACCAGUAGGGGCUCAACACCCUGGGCACACAUGGGGGUGCCUGAGGAAUAUGCAGAGAGCGGCACCGGCUAUCGUCUAAACACCCUACUGUUCCCAAAUGGCUAAACUAGGUCACAAGCUACGCUUGCUUACAGAAACAAAGGAGAACUGCUAACGGUUAACCACAGCACCCACAGACCCAGCCGGCUCCGGAUAGCUAGAAGCAGUGCACCGCCCACACCUCCUUUUACUUUUUCUUCAUUAACAUACUAAAAGUCACGCGGGGCGGGGGUGAAUGUACAUUGCUAGGCACAAUUAGUGCCGUACAGAAUGGAGCCUUUAAGACUGCGCAUACCCAACUCUUCCUCGGAAAUCGCCUUCCCUUUUCUAGAACUCACCCCCACCCCAUCCCACCAACCUACCCUAAACCCCUUCAAAGCUCCCAGGACCUCCCAGGUCAGGGAGAACGUCCCUUUCCGGCAUGAGCUCACCCAUCUCCAUUCCUCGAUCAAAGAAUAAAGUUUCUACUUUGCUUUAGGAACUCAGUCUGGUUCUAUUAGCUCUGGAAACCUCAGAACAGACAAUCUCAGCCUUCUACGAACACCUGUGACAUUCAGUCCAUCAGAGAAGAUAAGAAAAAUACUCAUGUUAUGUUCCCACUAUAUUCCAGACAGCAUAUGAGCCACUUCCUUCUUAUUUUACCUCUCGUCACUCUUAGCCCUGCCCUGCAGCUGUGACAUGGAGGGAGUGACCUGGGGCCUUCUCCUUGCGCUGGCAGGCCUGCCUGCCUUGGAAGCCAAUGACCUUGUUGAUAAAGACAGCCCCUUCUACUAUGACUGGGAAGGCCUGCAGCUGGGAGGAACGAUCUGCGCAGGCCUCCUGUGCAUCGCUGGCCUCUUGUUCGCCUUGAGUGGAAAAUGCAAAUGCAAGCACAGUCGGAAGCCGAGGCUCUGCCAGUAUCUGCUGAGCACAGGACCAGCAUCGUGGCACUCCCAGCGCCAGCUCCCAUGCUGUUCCCUCCCCACCUGGGGGCCUUUCUCUCCACUGAUGGGCCCUCAGGCUCCUUUUCACCAGGAGGCUGUCCAAAGCUUAUGUCUAAAUUAAACUGG